AUGCAGUUCCUGAAAUUAAGCGUGCUCACAUUUCUCGCGGCUACCCUUGGACCAAUCCAAGUUUCGGGCAGAUGUUAUGGCAACAAGCGUCCGGUCUCCUGGUGCAUGUCGUAUCGAGAUGAGCAGCAAGGCCCGACGGUUGUCAGCAAGGAAUGCAAGCUGCAGCUGACCCCUCUUGACGGACGGUGCGAACCAGCGAUCAGGCCGCGAUCGGUAGGCCGGUACUGCUGCCCACCGGAUGUUCGACCUAAUCCUGACGGAUCUGUAGAUUGUAACACAUUCGGGCCAUACGCAAGUUGUCAGGUUGAAUGCAAUAACUGCACUGGAUGA